AUGAAAAGUCUUGAUGCUGGUGGAGUGGAUUUGAUUGUCAACCUUCUACAUUCCGAUAAUCCUACUUCUCAGUCCAAUGCCGCCUCUCUCCUAGCACGCCUGGUGUUGGCUUUCCCAGAUAGCAUACCAAAGAUAGUUGAUUCUGGGGUAAUCCAAGUUUUGCUCUGCCUGCUAAGUGAACAGAAAGAUGUUUCUGUAAGAGCCAGUGCUGCUGAAGCAUUAGAGUCCCUUUCUUUGAAAUCAGAGAAAGCUAAGCAGGCUAUUAUUGAUUCACAAGGUAUGCAAAUACUAAUUGGUGGUGUAGUUGCUCCUUCCAAAGAAGGUGUGCAAGGAGAGUGGGGGCAGGCUCUUCAGAAGCACUCAGCAUUUGCUUUAGCAAACAUCUCUGGGGGUAUGUCGGCAUUAAUAAUUCACCUUGCAGAACUUUCUCAUUCACCAAGGUUAGCAGCUCCAGUUCCUGAUAUUCUAGGUUCACUUGCUUAUGUGUUAAUGGUUUUCAAGACGAGUCAUGAUGAAGAACCAUUUAAGUUAACCAAGGUCGAAGGUAUUUUAGUUGCGCUUUUGAAGCCUAGAGACAAUAAGCUGGUACAGGACCGAAUUCUUGAGGCAAUGGCGGGUCUAUAUGGAAAUCCUCAUCUUUCAACUGCAAUCAAUGAGUCAGAUGCUAAAAGGGUGCUUGUUGGGCUCAUAACCAUGGCUACUGGUGAUGCUCAAGAAUAUUUAAUUUUGUCGCUAGUACAAUUAUCUACUGAAGAGGUAACUGUGUGGGAUGCCUUGGGAAGGAGAGAUGGAAUUCAGAUACUGAUUUCAGCCCUGGGUUUGUCCAGUGAACAGCACCAAGAGUAUGCGGUUGAAAUGCUUGCAAUCCUGACUGAACAAGUGGAUGACAGCAAGUGGGCAAUCACAGCAGCUGGUGGAAUUCCACCACUUGUGCAGUUAGUAGAAUCUGGGUCUGUGAAGGCAAGAGAAGUUGCAACUAAUAUUUUGGCGAACUUGGGCUCUCACAGUGAAGAUGUUCGAGCUUGUGUUGUAAGUUCUGGAGCUAUCCCUGCAUUUGUGUGGCUUUUAAAGCAUGGUGGAGCAAAGGCGCAAGAAGCUGCGGCUGAUGCCCUUAUAAAGCUUGUUCAAGAUGCUGAUCCAGCCACAAUCAACCAAUUGUCAGUUCUGCUCUAUGGGGACCCUCCAAGCUCUAAGGUCCACGUCAUCAAAGUUUUAGGACAUAUACUUGGCGUAGCAUCAUGUGAUGAUCUUGUGGAUCAGGGUGGUGCUGCUAACACAGGUUUGAGAUCACUCGUUCAGAUUCUAAAUUCAUCAAAUGAGAAGACACAGGAGUACACAGCAUCUGUUUUGGCAGAUUUAUUCAACCAUAGGCAAGACAUAUGUGAUAGCCUUGCAACAGAUGAAGUUAUUAAUCCAUGCAUACAGCUUUUAACUAGCAAUGCUCAAGGCACUGGAACUCAAGGUAUUGCAACUCAAGGCAUUGCAACUCAAGGCAUUGCAACUCAGUCAGCUCGAGCAUUGGGUGCUUUAUCUCGACCUACAAAGUCUACAAAUAAGAUGUCUUAUAUGGUACAUGGUGAUGUGAAGCCAUUAAUCGAGUUAGCCAAAACAUCAUCAGUUGAUUCUGCAGAAACUGCAAUGGACCCUUUAGCUAAUCUAUUGUCAGAUCCUAAGGUAGCUGCAGAAGCAUUGGCCGAGGAUGUUGUUUCAGCUAUAACAAAAGUCUUAGAAGAAGGAUCAUUAGAGGGUAAGAAGAAUGCUUCAAGAGCUCUUUCCCAAUUAUUGAGGCAUUUUCCAGUUGGGGAUGUACUUACUGGGGGUGGCCAAUGCCGGUUUGCUGUUCUUGCACUUGUUGAAUCGUUAAAUGCAAUGGAUACGGGUAGCAGUGAUGCUGCUGAUGUGUUAGAGGCUGUUUCACUGUUGUCUCGGAUGAAGCAGGUCCGCAACUCAAGUUACUCGCCGUGGUAUGCCCUUUCUGAAGUUCCAUCAGGCUUAGAGCCUCUGGUCCGUUGCUUGUGUGAGGGACAGGUCAAAAUGCAAGAUAAAGCAAUAGAAAUUUUGUCUAGACUUUCUGGGGAGCAACCAAUUAGGCUAGGUGAUUUAUUGCUCUCAUAUUCUAGAUCAAUUGGUGCAUUGGCCAAUAGAGUAGUCAAAUCGAGAAGUCUAGAAGUGACAGUUGGAGGAACAGCACUGCUAAUAUGUGCCAUCAAGCUACAUAAAGCUCGAUCAAUGGAUAUACUCGAUAGAUCUGGAUGUAUGAAAUCUCUAAUUUAUGCAUUAGUAGAUAUGGUCAAGCAAAAUUCUUCUCCCUAUUCUCCUGAGCUCGAAAUUAAAACUUCGAGAACCUAUAGGGAUAGAUCAGCUUUUCGGGCUGGAGAUGAAUUUUAUGUGCCUGAUCCUGGAACUGUAUUGGGAGGUACUGUCGCCUUGUGGUUGCUCUGCUUAAUUUCUUCAUCUCAUUCAGAGAACAAAAGUACUGUGAUGGAAGCUGGGGGACUGGAAAUCCUACUUGACAAGCUUGCAAGACACACUAAUAAUGAACUGGCUGAGUUUGAGGACUCAGAGGGAACAUGGAUAGGCACUGCUCUUGCAGCUGUACUAUUCCAGGAUUAUAAAAUUGUCUCAUCUCCAAUGACGAUGCAUUUUGUGCACUCACUUGCUGCCCUUUUGAAGUCAGACGAAGUGACUGAAAGGUUCUUUGCUGCUCAGGCAUUUGCUAGUAUUGCUUUCCACCGGGACAAAGGAAUAAACCUUGCAAUAGCCAACUCAGGUGCCGUAGCUGGGUUAGUGACCCUAAUUGGGCACUCGGAAUCCGAUAUGCCGAAUCUCAUAGCAUUAUCUGAAGAAUUUUCUUUGGCAAAGAAUCCUGACCUCGUUGUUCUGGAUAAUCUAUUCCAAAUUGAUGAAGUAAAAUCAGGUUCUGUUGCUCGGAAGACCAUUCCAUUGCUUGUUGAUUUGCUGAAACCCAUGCCAGAUAGAUCUGGGGCCCCUUCAUCUACAGUUCGCCUUUUAAUUCAGAUUGCAGAUGGAAAUGAUACCAAUAAACAACUCAUGGCCGAAGCUGGGGUUCUGGAUGCUUUGAAUAAAUACCUAUCUUUGAGCCCUCAAGACUUAGUAGAGGCAACUAUAUCUGAGUUAUUAAGGAUAUUGUUUACCAAUCACGAUCUUAUUCGAUACGGGGCAGCAAUUAGUUGCAUGAAUCAACUCAUUGCUGUUCUCCAUUUGGGAUCAAGAAACGCUAGAUUAAGUGCUGCUAGAGCCUUAAUAGAACUCUUUUAUGCUGAUAAUAUAAGAGAUAAUGAAUUAUCAAUACAAGCAAUUCAGCCUUUGGCUGCCAUGCUUGAUGCUCAUUCAGAAAGUGAACAAGAGGCUGCUUUAUGUGCUUUAAUUAAGUUGACUUCAGAUAGCAACACAAAGACAUCUAUGCUGGCUGAAGUGGAAGGAAAUCCUGUCCAUAGUCUUAGCAGUAUCCUCUUCUCUGGUUCUACUUUGAAAUUGAAAUGUGAUGCUGCAGAACUAUGCCGUGUGCUUUUUGGUAAUUCUAAAUUCAGAGAAAUCCGAAUUGCCUCGGAAUGCUCAGAACCCUUGAUAUUGCUGAUGCAGUCUGAAAGUGAAAAGGCAGUGGAGGCUGCUGUUUGUGCUUUUGAGAGACUGUUGGAUGAUGAACGACUACUGGAAAUCAAAUCGAGACAUGAUUUUAUUAGUAUGCUUGUUGCUCUAGUUUCUGGCUCGAAUUAUCGUCUUAUUGAAGCAAGCAUCAGUGCGCUUAUUAAAUUGGGUAAAGACAGAACUCCACGAAAGUUGGAUAUGGUCAAUGCUGGAAUUAUAGAUAAAUGCCUUGAGUUACUACCAACUGCUUCAAGUUCAUUGUGUGCACUGAUUGCAGAACUCUUCCGCAUCUUGACAAACAGUAGCGUCAUUUCAAAAAGCUCAGUAGCCUUAAAAAUUGUGGAACCUCUGUUUACGGUGCUCCUUAGGAAAGAUUUUGGACUGUGGGGACAUCAUAGUGCACUGCAAGCGCUUGUUAACAUUCUGGAGAAACCACAUAGUCUUUCGGCUUUGAAACUUAGUCCUAGUCAAGUCAUUGAACCUCUAACCUCAUUUCUUGAAUCCCCAUCUCAAGCUAUCCAGCAGCUUGGUGCAGAGUUGCUGUCUCAUCUUCUUGCACAAGAACAUUUUAAGAAAGAUAUAACCACAAGAAACGCAAUUGCUCCUCUUGUCCAUCUUGCUGGACUUGGCAUAUUUAACAUACAAAAAACUGCAAUAAAGGCAUUGGAAAGUAUCUCUUUCAGUUGGCCUAAGGCAGUUUACGAAGCAGGUGGUAUAGUUGAAAUUUCCAAAGUCCUUGUUCAAAACAACCCUUUGCCCCCCGUGGAUUUAUGGGAAUCUGCUGCCGUAGUACUCUCGAAUAUUCUUCGGUCUGAUUCUGGAUACUAUCUCCGUGUUCCAGCUGAUGCACUUGUGAAAAUGUUGUACUCAACUGCAGAGAAUACAAUUAAGGCUGCACUAAACGCUCUCAUUGUUCAAGAGAAGACAGAUGCCUCGAGUGCUGAACUGAUGGCUGAAGCCGGUGCUAUAGAUGCAUUGUUGGACUUACUAAGGUCACACCGAUGUGAAGAAUUAGCAGCAAGGCUACUAGAAGCAUUAUUCAAUAAUACACGAAUACGGGAAUCAAAGGCUUCUAAAUAUUCGAUCGCACCCCUAUCUCAGUAUUUGCUGGACCCUCAAACAAAAUCACAAACUGGUAAACUCCUCGCAGCUCUUGCACUUGGCGAUCUCUCCCAACAUGAAGGGCUUGCUAGAGCUAGUGUUUCUGUUUCGGCAUGUCGGGCACUAGUAAGCCUGCUUGAAGAUCAGCCAACUGAGGAAAUGAAAAUGGUGUCGGUUUGUGCAUUACAAAACUUUGUUGUGCGGAGCAGAUCCAAUAGAAAAGCCGUUGCUGAAGCUGGUGGUGUUUUGGUGAUUCAAGAACUGGUGAUGUCCCCAGACCCAGAACUUGCUGGACAAGCGUCAAUGCUCAUCAAAUUUCUCUUUUCAAACCACACCCUUCAAGAAUAUGUGUCGCCCGAACUUAUAAGGUCAUUGACAGCUGCUUUGGAGAGAGAACUGUGGUCUGCAGCCACUGUCAAUGAAGAGGUGUUGAGAACAAUACUUGUUCUCUUUUCAAAUUUUCAAAAGCUUCAUAUAUCUGAAGCUGCAACACUGUGCAUACCCCAUUUGGUCACAGCACUGAGAUCUGGGAGCGAGACUGCUCAGGAUAUAACGUUAACUACCUUGUGCUUGCUGAAACAUUCAUGGUCAACCAUGCCACUAGACGUGUCAAAGUCACAGGCUAUGGUCACAGCGGAAGCCAUCCCUAUUUUACAAAAGCUUAUGAAAUGUUGUCCAGCAAGUUUUCCUGAAAGAGUAGAAAGCUUAUUGAGUAGCUUACCUGGUUGCUUAACAGUCACCAUUAACCGAGCUAACAACUUGAGACAGGUUUUAGGAGGUACCAAUGCUUUUUGCAGAUUGACUAUAGGCCAUGGCCCUCCUAGGCGUACUAAGGUUGUGAACCAUAGCACCUCACCGGAAUGGAAAGAAGCAUUUACGUGGGCCUUUGAUGUGCCACCUAAGGGGCAAAAGUUGCACAUUGUGUGCAGGAACAAAAGUACGUUUGGAAAGAGUACUCUCGGUAAGAUCACAAUUCAAAUCGACAAAAUCGUGAAUGAAGGAUUACACAGUGGCGUUUUCAACCUCAGCCACCAUGACAAAGACGGAUGUGUGAAGGAAGGCACUGAGCGAACACUUGAACUCGAGGUAACCUGGUCCCACAGGGUCGAGUAAAAAGUGUGUAUGAGAGGACGAAGCAUGACAUAUAUCACCAUUUGAGGUAAUUGUGAUAAAUAUUAUGAAAAGGCCCCCAUAAUCCACUUGAAAAAUGGUGAAACACAUGAGGCUAGAUUAUCUGUUACACCAAUGUGAAUAUCUACCUAAAAUGUUCUAGUUUUGAAGAGACUGUAUGAAAUGUCAGUUUUAGUGGGAAGUAGUUUGGUUAAGUUGUUGAAUAAUGCAACUUUUUGUAUAGAAAUAUUUAGUGGUUUAGCAGCUGUAAUUGGAAAUGUGCUCCUCUAUUAUUUGGUGAAAAUGAGGUUGCAUUUAGUAUUAUGUAUACUUAAAUGUAAAUUUGAACAGCCAUCUUAAAUGCAUUGUUUUGUAAUUUCGCGUUAA